AUGAUGGUGGAUGUGCUGAUGCAGGGAAGCAUGGUGGUGGUGGAUGUGCUUAUGGUGGGAAGCACGGUGGUGGUGGGUGUGCUUAUGCUGGGAAGCACAGUGAGGGUGGAUGUGUUUAUGGUGGUAAGCACGGUGGUGGUGGGUGUGCUUAUGCUGGGAAGCACAGUGAUGGUGGAUGUGCUUAUGGUGCACGGUGGUGGUGGAUGUACUUGUGGUGGUAAGCACAAUGAUGGUGGAUGUGCUGAUGCUGGGAAGCAUGGUGGUGGUGGAUGUGCUGAUGCUAGGGAACACGGUGGUGGUGGGUGUGCUUAUGCUGGGAAACACGGUGUAGGUGGAUGUGCUUAUGGUGGUAAACAUGGUGGUGGUGGUGGAUGUGCUUAUGGUGGCAAGCACGGUGGUAAUGAUGGUGGUGGUCAUGAUGGUGAUUAG